UUCACCCGUGUGCCUUGUUGUUUUCCAGUGCGCCGUAUUUCCGCACUGGAGUGUUUUACGCAUUGAUGCUUACCGCUGUGUUACGGAAUAAACCACUUAUUCUGUGAUUUUCCCUCCUGCGCCUGACUCCUUCUAAAUCACACAUCACAGUUCCUCUGCAUUUUGAAUCUGACCAAGGAGUUCCUGGAUUCAUUUUCUCAAGUCCCAAGGAUUCACAUCUAUGUUAAAGACAUAAAUACAGGUUUUGAUUAAGUCUUCAGGUCAGUUCAUCAGUUCAUGAUACUCCAUAACUCCUAAGAACUUCACAAAUCCAGUGUGUGGGUCUUCCAGUGAGUUGGUGAGGAUUGAGGAACCAUGGCACAGUUUGAAAGCUUGAUAUGGAUUAUACCUAAUAUAUUGGUGAUUGUAAGCAUCGGAUCCUGUAUUGCAUGUGGUAGAGCCGAGUACAGAAUAGGGGAUGAAUGUUGUCCCAUGUGUUCACCAGGAAAUCGUGUACAUAAGCAUUGUACUGAAUUCACCAGCACUUCCUGUGUGCCCUGUGUUGAUUCUACAUUCCUUGAUGAGCCCAAUGGUCUCAUGAAAUGUGCACCAUGUUCCAGCUGUGAUUCAGGUUUGGGUUUGAGGGUAAAACUGUCAGGGUUUACUAUGCCAGAACCCAGAAGCAGACAACCAUGCAAACCAGAAUCAGAUGAUUUUUGCAGGCCACUGGAGGGGUUCUUUUGUCUGCUCUCUAACAAAGAUGGUUGUAGAAUAGCCCAGAAACACAGCAGCUGUAAACCUGGUCAAUACAUCCGUCACACAGGAACAACAUCUACAGAUACUGUGUGUUCUAACUGUACUGGUGAUACUUAUUCAGAUGGAUCAUUUACAGCCUGCCAGUCACACACUGGAUGUGAAUCCUUGGGACUUCAGGAAAUGAAACCAGGAUCCCCUUGGUCGGAUUCAGAGUGUGGACCACAACUAUCCCAUUCCACAGCUAGAAGCAGUGCUGUGGCAUCCAUGACAGUGAUAUUAGCUGGAGCUGUUUACAUUUUAGUCAUUUAGCAGACACUCUUAUCCAGAGUGACUUACAGUAGUGAGUGCAUACAUUUUCAUUAA